CCUCACUGCUCAAGUCAAACACGAGCUGAGAGAGUAUCUUGACAAGGAGUAUCUGAGAAACCACUCACUUUCGCUGUGGAUUACUAUUGUCAUCACAGAUCAACACAUUUGCUGGGAUUUAAUUAUUUGGAGUAAUUACAGUUUCUGGAUUAUAACACAUUUCAAAGACAACGAUGACUCUGGAAGAAGUUGUUGGAUGCAAUAGCACUGACAGAAAAAUGGAAACAGUGAGUGAAGCUCUCGAGGAGCUGCUCGUAGCCGCGCAGCGUCAGAACUGUCUGACAGUUGGAGUCUACGAGUCUGCACAACUUAUGAACGCUGAUCCAGACAGCGUAGUCUUGUGCGUCCUGGCAACAGAUGAGGAGGACGAGAAUGACGUCGCGCUCCAAAUCCACUUCACGCUCAUUCAAGCUUUUUGCUGCGACAUCGACAUCAACAUCGUGCGCGUCUCCGGCAUGCGGCGCUUGGCGCAAGUCCUGGGCGAGCCUCUGUCCACCGACACCAACGCAAAUGAACCCAGAGACCUCCACUGCAUCCUUGUAACUAACCCACAAGCCGAGCAUCUGAAGCUGAGCGAGGUGGGAAGUUACUGCAAGGAGAGCCGCUGCAGGAACCAGUGGGUGCCCUCCAUCGCCCUGCACGAGCGCUAAGAGCGCGCGCGCUCGGGAAAAGUUUGAGAGGAAUAUUGAUGUCGUCCUUCAACAGUUACAAGGACUUACUCAUCAGUGCAACAGGGAGGUCAAAGAAGCUCCCAACUCCAUGUUUAUGGGAUUACAGGCGUCAGAGGAUGCUCGAGACAUUGGUCUGCGCUCCUCCUGCUUCAUGAUCGGCGUGUUUGGCCUUUGGAGGGUCCGAAGGAGCGCCAGGGUGGUCGUGUCGCCUAUCUGAAGGGACGCAACACGGAUGCUAGGGGAUAUUUUUAGACUGAAACGGCGUCUGGCCGCACUUUGCUCCCACGGGGGUGGGGGAGAUUUUGAACACAUGACUCAGACCUGACAACAAUGUCAUGGAUCAACAGAAGACUACAAGUUUUAGAGACUUAACUAUUUAAUGACUGAAUCCUGCUUGGGUGAUUUUAUUUAUGCAUAAUAUUAGUGCCAUUUAAAGCAAGUAAUAUAUUUGGUUAUUUAUGAUUUUGCAAAUGUUUUCUCGUGAAAUAAAUUCUAUGCUUAAUAUUUCAAAA